AUCAAUCAAUCACCAAUGGCAGAUCCAAAACAAGGAGGAAUAGUGAAAAAAGGCCAUCAAGAAGGUCUCAAGUUUGCAGUCACCAUUCUUGAAGAACAUGGUCUUCCAUUAGGUCUCCUCCCUCUUGCUGACGUCAUCGAAGUAGGGUUUGUCAAAACCACCGGUUACAUGUGGAUUUCGCAGGCUAAAAAGGUCGAACAUACCUUCAAGCUGAUCAAAAAGCAGGUUAGUUAUGAUGCUGAGAUCACGGGUUAUGUGGAGAAGAAGAGGAUCAAGAAACUCAAAGGAGUGAAGGCUAAAGAGUUGAUGUUGUGGCCGCCAGUGAAUGACAUCACGGUUGAGGACCCGCCGACCGGAAAGAUCCAGUUCAAGAGUCUUGCUGGGAUCACCAAGAUCUUCCCCGAGGAAGCGUUUGCCGCCGGCCAGUAGGUUCAGGAACUCCGGCAGGUGGUGGAGUUAUGGAGUUUUGUUUUUCUUUAUAGUGCAAGUGUUGUUUGCAUGCAUGUAUGUUCCAAAGUGAUAUUGGAAGUUGAAAAAUAAAAUGUUUUUAUUUCUUAUAAACAUCCCUUACUGAAA